GUCAAAAUGAGCAAGUCCUACGACCGUCUCUCAGCAAACGACAACAUGCAGCAAUCCAACACUGUCUUUGAAGUCGACUUCAAGUGGAAGAAGAUGAAGGCUUUAGUGUCAGAGAAAGACCCUCAGACGAACAACACAACACCCAAAUACAUAGUCGACUAUCAUGCCUUCAAAUGCACCACCCUCGUCUUCCAUCCCUACGAAGACCCUACAGCUGUAAUCGGCACCGGUACACUUCACCCCGUCACAAUCCACGCAGACUACGAGCUCCACGGCCAAAAAGGCACCAUCAAGGCACUAAAGCGCUUCAUGACAUCAUACACCCACCUAUCAUACAACUACUCCAACAGUCCUGACGGAACACCGGCUGCCAUGACAUGGACCAGUGCCAGCAGCUUCAAGACAUGGGACUUUAUUUGUCUCGACGAGCAAGAGUCUGCAGUGGCCAAGUUUUCUGCCAACUGCUGGUCUCUGAACAAUGUCGGAUGUGUCGAGUUCCUAGGGCCCAAGGCCAAUGAUCCGGCGGCAAGAGAAGAGAUCUUGGUAACUGGUAUGACAUUGUUUUAUCAGAUGGUCCUCCGUGCCACCAACUUUCUAUCUCUUGGGGGUGCUAUCUUUGCAAGGCCCGGGCCACUGGAUAAGGAGGCAGCGCCCAAGAGACCAAUGGAAAUGUGGACGGCAAGAGUAUCAAGGAAUUAGAAGCGACUUCAAGGAUAGAUCAUGGGCUUGAGAAAGCAUAGUGUUUAUCCAAACAAAGUAUUACUUUGUAAAAUUUCUAUCUUAUCCCACAUUAGCAGCUGAGAAUAGUUAUGAACAUUAUUGGGCUCGAAUACCCUCGUCUGUAAA